AUGCGCGCGGCGAGGGCCCUCGCCGCGCUGUGCGCGCUGCGCGCGCACGGCGCGGCCUCGCCCGCGGGGGCGGACGCCGCCGCGGCGGAGGCGGAGAACAGGAGGCUGCGGGAGGGCAUCGAGGCCACGGAGCGGGACCUGAGCGAGCUCGUGCGGCUCGCGGGGGAGUGGAGCAUCCCGCUGGACGUCCGGGAGGUGCGCGGGGGUGCGGGGGCGCCGUGGGCUCCGCGCCGGGCGAGGGAGGCGGAGGCCGGGGGGGGCGCGGUCGCACGCCGCGGGGCCGUCGCCGCGCACGAGGGGGAGCCGGAGGCAGAGGGGGGCGAGGGGGGCGCCGAGGAGGCCGCGCAGGAUCACGGCGAGGGCGGCGGGGACGAGGCCUCGUCGGCCCACGGUCACGCCGGCGAGGGCGAGGAGGGAGACGAGGCGCUGGAGGAGGAGACGGAGGUCAUCUGCGAUCUGGACACGUCGAUCAUGCUCUUGGGGAUGAUAUCGUUCGUCAUGGUUCUGUUCUACCUGACGAAUUGGCCAGAUGACGACAUCAGAUUGUACUCUUGGCAGAUCACCAGCACAACUAUUUCUAUAUUCUGUUCUGUAAUGCUGUUCCAAGGCUUUAACAAGUUUCUUGUGAAGCGUGUGGUGCAUCCACUCGUGACGCCAGCCCCUUGGAUAAUGACACUGUUUCAGUUCUUACAGUGCUUCGUAUAUCUUGCGUGUAUUCACUUCGGGACUGGGAUCGCAUCAGGCGUUCUCUGCCGCAGCUGCUGGUUCAACGUCGGCAUAGAAGAAAAUAUUCACAAACAGAUUUGGGUGUACACCGAUGCGCUGCGAAGCAACAACAACUCGCCGGUAGCUCAGGGCGACAUUCAGUGCAUCCGUGCCGUGAAGCGCGCCAGAGGCAAAGAAACGACAGAGACAUCCAGUGUAUGGGUGUCGAAAGGCGAAGAGAUUCCCGUGCAGAAGAAGCUCCACACCUGGCUUCAGAGGAAGCGCCAAACCAAGGCACUGGGUAUGCUCUUUGCGCACCUGGCGGGCUUCGCCGCAAUCUAUUCGGGGAAGGCCUUGCAGACACUGGUGAUACCCGAGGACCUCCAGGGGUGCAACGCGUCCUUGACUACGAAGCUGAUGGGGAUGAUACCCGUCAUUGUCAACCAGGUCGUGCUCAGACUGGCAUUCAUGGUCUCGAACGUGCUGCGGGACUACCAGCUCAGGGCGACCGAGGCGGAGAGCGGCAGCGCAGCCGACAGGGCGGGGCUGGAGAAGAUGCGAGAGUUGAUGAAGGAAGAGGUCGAGGAGAGCGAGAACGACGUGUCCAGUCUGUCCAUGUCGUUCCUCAUCGUGAACAACAUGGUGUUCUUCAUCACGGGCUACCUGCCGACCGAGGAGUCCGAGCAGAGGGUGUGCAGCCAUGGGAGGGAGGCCCACGUGGACCUCGAGCAUGGUGCCGCGCCGGUCAUGUGGCUCUAUUUCAUGGGCUUUCUGAUGGUCGGUUUCGCCGUCGCGCAGGCCGUGUGCAUGGCCAAGUUUCACCACGCCCUUCAGAACCACCGCCUCCUGAUCCGGGUGUUGGAUGCUAUGCUCAACGCCACAGGCAUGUGCUUCGCCUGGUGCCUUAUCUGGGCGACUAAGUGGCUUGCUAAGAUGUACAGCGAGCUAGACCAGCACCGCGACAUGUCGGGCUCGCUCUUCAGCCACGAGAUAUUGGGGCGCGUGUUGCUGGCAUUCACUCUCACCGCGUUCGCGGCCGUGUCGGUCUUCGGAGUCGACAAGGUCGCGGACGCAAUGAGGACCAACUAUCGCAGUGAUAGGGAUAUGCUUUUAUUUCUCGAGGAGAUCACUCGGGUCAUCGUCAACUCACUGGGCAUCCUCGUCGGCUUCUCUUGGGAGCAUUCCUUCGACGGCAGCGUCGAGGAUGUGGCUUCGACCACCUCGGCGUCCCUUCCAGUGCCAGAGUUCCAGCUUGGCUUAGGGAUGGCAGUUUGCAUUCUGAUCUUGCCAGCAUGGCGCGACUACAUUCUGGAGAAGGUCAUGCUCAUUGAGGUGAUGUUGAAGAAGAAGCGUGGCCUCGCGGGCGGAUCUGAUGAGCACUAG